UUCACAUCAUAUAUUUUUAGACAAAAUUUGUAUAAUAUAAGAGGAGACAGAAAUAGAAAUUACAAAAAUGGCAGAAUACACCGAACUCGAAAACCAAGAAGAAGACGGAGGUUUAAGAAUCAUGGUUUGCGUUGACGGGAGCAACCACGCUGAUGCAGCUUUUGAUUUUUACGUGGGAAAUUUUCAUAGACCAGAAAACAGAGUAAUAUUUAUCCACGUGGCAAAUUUAAUCAUGCCGUCGAAUAUCUACACCGGCGGAAUGGGUGUUAUGAUACCCUCAGGUCCUUCUCAAGACGAUGUCCAAAAAGAACGAAAACGAGUCAAAGAGCUGAAAGAAAAAUACCACGAAAAAUGCAUGCAAAUGGGGGUCAAAAAACACGAGUUUGUAGCUUUUAUGGAAGGAGAUCAUGGACUUGGAGCAACCAUUGUCGACGCAGCAAAGAAGCGUAGUGUAAAUACUAUCGUGUGCGGGUGCAGAGGUCUUGGGGCCAUAAGAAGAACCAUACUUGGAUCUGUGAGCGAUUACGUUCUUCAUCAUAGCCAUGUUCCAACUCUUAUUUGCCCGAAAAAAUCCCGGAACUGAUUUUUGACAUAUUUAUGAAACGCAAAUAUGAGUGUUGAUUUUAUUUUCUUCGACUGUUAAAGGAAAUUGUGUUUAUAUUAUGUGCUUGUCCAUUAAAGUGAAAAGUGAUAAAUCUGAAAUAACUUGUGGUUGUAUAAAUUGAUGAAUUAGGUUUUAUUUUAUUGAACCCCAUCAGUCAUAAAUUCUAAAUUGAUAUUCGUUAGCAAUUUAUUGCCUAAUCUGCUAGUAUGUUAGGGAGACUGUAAUUCACCAUGAAGCUACUCGCGUCUUAAUAUAUACCCAAAUCCUUAUUGUAUACUAAUCAUAUGUAACAAGAUCAUAAAUCUGCGUUGUGGACUCUGAAUUUUAUCGUGUUAUUAGCAAAUUUUUGUUGAUUUAUAUAUUGCAAAACAUCAUUGAAUUCAUUACUUUUUAUCUUCGUAUUUGCAAUGAUCGUGACAAUAUGACAAUACAGCUUUAUAAUCAUGCUCUUUCUUAGAUAAAGAAAAUAAUCGAAAGCACUUCCGACUAAUAGAUGAUGAUAUCCAUGAGCAAUUAUUUUUUUGGUAAUAAAUUCAUCUUAGGCCUAUUUACACUGACAAAGAAAAAAGGUGAUAAAAUGUAAUAUUUUCAUCACGCUCCCCUUUUUAAAUGACAAUUUUUUGAAGCCCGGCAAACAAUUUGGGCGCGUACCUUUCUAUAAUUACAUCCUCGAAAAUUAAUUUGAUGAAUAUAUCGUACAAUUUGAAAAUUUGUAACAAUGAUGAUUUGGAUAAAUUUUAUUUCUUCGAUGAUUUUUCAGAUUAAUAAAUCGUGCUAAGUUACUGACUCCUACAAUCCGAUACGUACAUCGUAAUGUUUGUUACUCGAAUAUCUUUGAUAAACCAUUUUUUGUUCUAUUGCACCUCAUUCUAUUUUACCCGUGAUAUUGAACUGUGCAAAUACCAUUCUAGUUUUUUAUACCAUUUGUUCAGACCGUAUUUUUUCGCAUGCUAUCAGUAAUUGAGUAUGAUGGGUUUUGAAAUAUAAAUCAAUUUUAGCAAAACCACGUCAAUAAGGUGAUUUGUUUAUUUUAUACUCAAUUUGAUUGUUUUAUUGUUUCA